AUGAUCUGGCAAGCUCAUCGCUGCUCAGCAGCUCGAUUGUCACGGCGCAAGUAUUCUUCCACCACCGCGGCAUCACGACGUCGCUGCGCCUCCUCCAUCGCAAGCUCCGCCACCCAAAGUGGCGACCAGCGCGAGCGUCGUGUGUUCUCCGGCAUUCAGCCCACGGGCACGCCUCACCUGGGUAAUUACUGCGGCGCCAUCGCCAAGUGGGUGGCUCUGCAGGGGUCGGAACCAGUAUCUUCAGCCUUGAUCGACGCACCUCCCACCCGACUGUACUCUGUGGUGGACCUGCAUGCGCUAACCGUGCCCUUCGAAGCCGAGCGCAUGCCCGACCAGGUGCAUUCCAUGGUGGCGGCAUUGUUGGGCGCCGGUUUAGACCCAACGCGCAACAUUUUAUUCCGCCAGUCCGAUGUGGCUGCUCACGCUGAGCUCGCGUGGCUGCUAAGCUGCAUCACACCGCUCGGUUGGCUGCAGCGCAUGACGCAGUUCAAACAGAAGGCGGCAGCGGCCAAAACCGAGAGCUCGCUAGGCUUACUAUCGUAUCCGGUACUGAUGGCUGCCGACAUUCUGCUGUAUCGUGCUACGCACGUGCCUGUAGGUGAAGAUCAACAGCAGCAUUUGGAGCUCACACGUAUGAUCGCCACUACCUUUAACGACCGCUUCGGAUCCAACCGCCCGGACGGAAAGGAAGUACUUCCCAAGCCAUUCCCGAUGGUGGAGGAGGACAUCACGACGCUCACUGGUGCACAGAGGAAAUCCCUUGCACGCAUCAUGAGUCUGCGCGAUCCGACCAAGAAAAUGAGCAAGAGCGACCAGUCAAAGCUCAGUCGCAUUGAGCUCACGGACAGUGCCGACGAUAUCCGCAAGAAGGUGCGCAAGGCCACCACAGACGCGAUCAGCGGCAUCUACUAUGAUCGCGAGGAGCGUCCAGGAGUCUCCAAUCUGCUGGAUAUUGCCAGUGCUGUUACAGGUCAGAGCGUCGCGCAGCUCGAAGCACAGUACGCCGACUACGGUACAGGCGCCUUCAAGGACAGUGUGGCUGAUGCUGUUAUUGCCAAGAUUGGCCCCAUCGGAGAGCGCAUCAAGCAGUAUGAAGCGGACCAAAAGUAUAUCGACAAGGUGCUGGCCGAUGGUGCAGCACAGGCCGCUGAGCUCGCUGCUGUCACUAUGAAGGAUGUGAAGGAGGUCAUGGGCCUCGCUAGAUUUUAG